AUGCCUAGCCAUGCUUCAUCAGAUAGCAAGACCGAUCCAUUAUCUGGUAAAGGCGAAGCCACUGUAUCUACGGCGGACGAGACAAUAAGCCAGGCGGAGCCUCAGAAAACCUACUAUAGCAAACAGUCUGUUUGGCUGAUGGUGUUGUUUUCUGGACUGGCUAUCGGAUCUGAUGGAUAUAAUGCUGCGGUAAUUGGCAAUGUCGAACUAUUGCUAGCAGUCUUGUAUCCUGAUGCACUAACAAAUUCAAUGUACUCCCGUCUGUCUAAUGCUUUCCUCAUUGGUAUGAUAGUGGGCAUGCUAUUAUUCGGGACGGUCGUAGAUCAGCUGGGACGAAAGACUGGUGCGGUUGCAACAACCUUGCUGUUGGUCCUCGGAAUCACUCUCAGCACAGCAGCGAAUGGUACGUCUGACACUGGCCUUCUCUGGAUGCUUGUGAUCGCAAGAGGAAUCGCUGGUGUUGGGGCGGGUGGGGAGUAUCCCGUCUCAGGAGCGGGGGCCGCUGAAGCAACGGAUGAGGGAGAACAGUAUAGAAAACACCGGGGAUUCAUGUUCGCCAUGCUGGCAGACCUAUCGGCUUCCUUGGGCUACGUAUGGGGCGGGCUCGUGCCAUUGUUAUUACUCCUGUGCUUCAGCCAGAAGGAAGAGCACUACAAGAUUGUCUGGCGCCUGAGUUUCGCAUUUGGCAUGAUCCCACCACUGUCAAUAUUUUGGUUUCGUAUCCGCAUGGCCACUUCGACUGCGUAUCGGAAAUCAGCAAUGAGGAAGCAGAAAGUACCAUACUUGCUUGCAGUCAAGAAGUACUGGCGUUCUCUGCUGGGAUGUUCCGCCACUUGGUUUCUUUACAAUUAUAUCAGUGUCCCAUUUGGAAUCUUCUCUGGUACGAUUGUAAACCAAGUAAAUGCGUCAGAAUCCCUCGUCAAAAGCCUAGGAUGGGGUGUCGUCAUCAACUGCUUCUAUAUCCCUGGUCCAUUCUUGGGAGGAUAUCUGAGCGACAAAAUCGGAAGAAGGAAGACCAUGGCGCUUGGAUUUGGUCUUCAAGCUAUUCUUGGGUUCAUUCUCGGUGGUGCCAACAACAAAAUUCAAGAUAUAUUCCCUUUAUUUGUUGUUCUUUAUGGGCUGUUCCUGACCCUUGGUGAAGUUGGUCCUGGCAGGCAAGUACUUUACACGGUUGUUCUCACAGCAUCUGAGUGCUUUCCAACAGCUAUUAGAGGACAGAUGAUGGGGUUCGUCUCUGCUUGGUCCAAGGCUGGGGCAGCAAUUGGAACCCAGGUCUUUACUGCGAUACUCAAGUCGUACGAUGACUCGACAAAAGGCAAUCAGACAGCCUUUUUGAUAGGCUCUGGCUUUGCUGUUGUUGGCAUGCUAGUAGCUUUCUUUAUCAUCCCAGACAUGAGCAGAAGAUUAAAUGACGAAGACGAGGAAUGGAAGAUGUGUCUGGCCGAGCAUGGAUGGCAGGCUGAAUGGGGUGAUGAGGUCUCCAGGGACCCCAAGGGCGUCAUGAUGCACAAGGUGGUUCCAAUUUCAUAA